AGGCCAUUUUUUUGGGCUUCAGGCUUCCGUUGGGGUCGUUGCGUUGUCAAAUCCCCUUGAGCUGGGCGACUUGCCCGGCAAUCUUCCCAGACCCAGACCCAGACCCAUGGGAAGCAUGACGAAGCCGGAAAGCACGGAAGAUCGACCAUGGGUGGCGCAUCCGGAUGGGAAGUGGUCUCCUCGCCCUCAGCUUCCCUUAGAUUGCCCAGUGUUCUAUGGCGUGGAAGAUGGCCCAGUGGAGUUUGAAUUGGACGUGGAGGACGGCUCGAUCGAAGAGACUGCUCCGGUGCCGCCCUCGGUGGAGGUGGUGCCGGUACAACCCAUCAGGCUCUCCUUCGAUUUCAAGAUCUCUGUGAAGAAUUUGAGGCAGAUGCCCGAUUGGUCGGGGGUGCGAAGGUUGGAUGAUCUUCAUGAGUUGUACGCCGCAUUAGCGGAGCUUCAGCCCGCUGGUUCUGCUGCCCUCUCUCCACCACCGUUGGUGUCUCCACAGGAGGCCUUGCAUGUGCCACCGGCGCUGUGGAAUCAUCAGGCCAAACGCCUAUGCUCGGCCGUGCAAAGUUGGCUGUUGGAGGUGCUAAAGAAUUGCCCUCACAGCAGCCCCGUGCACGGCUUCUUCUGCAUGGCUUCGGUUUCUGAAAAUGUGCUCCAACUUCCACUGGCCAUGCACGUCUCCGAAUACUUGGGAGAUCCCUUGGACCUCACGAACUUCUUCCGGCUAUCAGCCAAAAGCAUUGCAGAGACCAGCCGCCAGAUUUGCUCCAUGCAAUGGGAGUACAUCUUUCAGGAGAAGUGGCCCGUCUUCUACGAAGCUUUGUCCUACGGACCCAAAGCCACCAGCGAGGAGUGGGAGGUGCUCUAUCAGCAGAUGAUUUCGGGGAAGAGAGAGGAGAUCCUCGAAGUCUUCGACCGGGAGAAGAAGAUCGGCUUCUCCAUGUCUUGCAUGGUGGCCAAGGUCUCAUGGGAACAAAGC